AUGGCCGCAACAGGGUCUGUUCCAACUCCAGUUGGCUUUCUGGGGAUGAGUGGCCUGGCAUUGAGAAUCUUUUACGGCCUUCUCAGCAACCCAGAGUAUAUUGUCCGGAUAUACGACAACAAUGCACCUGAUAAAGCCAGGAUCAGUGCUCUAGGUGGAACUUUUUGCCAACACCCUGAGGACGUCGCAGCGAAUGCCGAACAUCUUAUCUGCUUGGCUGAUAGACCCGAGCUUGAGCGUCUGUUUUUUGGCCGCGACUCCACUAUCCUCGAAGUACUGCCCGUUGGAUGCUCAGUUCUCCUGUGCUCAGUUAUGGACACCAAUUUUUACAACGCUUUAGAAGUUCACCUUUCGAGGCUUGGUCGAUCAGACAUCCUUCUAAUAGACUCCCCGAUAUGCUCAAAUCCAACGAAUGACACGCAGGGGGACAUGGCAGUCUUUGCUGCUGGAAGACAAGAGGCUUUACGCAGAAACACAAGUCUUUUGGACGAAAUAUCGGAUAAAUGGUUCGUGAUUCCUGGUACCUUAGGAGUUGCCAGUAAGGUCCAGCUCAUACAUCAGAUGCUCGUUGGCAUUCAUAUUUCUGCAGCCACAGAAGCAAUAUCAUUUGCUAUUAAACAGGGAUUAGAACCUUUCGAGAUUUCCAAUAUUGUCAAAACUACUAGUGGCAGCUCCAGAGUCUUCCAGGCUUGCAUGCCAGAAAGCUUGGGCAAUUGGACUGCUGAUCCAACUCUUAAAAAUCUGGCCAAUGAUCUGUCCCUCAUUACGUCUAUGGCUCGGUCAUUACAGUUCCCACUCCCUUUAUCUGAAGCCGCAGGGCAGCUCUACACCAGAGGCACUAGACAAGUCACUGCCAAAGAGGAAGACACUGAUACCAACCUAAUGCGCGUCCAUAGUCCUAGCUUCACGCAUAAUACCGAAACACGCCAUGGUUCACAGAUUUUUUUCAGCCAGUCGAACAGAAUCGAUUUGGACUAUUAUCAGUUCCCCAUCUCGACAAUUAGUGUAAUAGGAUUGGGUGCCACAGCCAGGGAAGUGGCUACAUCACUCCUUCGAGCAGGCUACGUGGUGCAAGGCUAUGGCGUCGUUCCUAACACUUCAGAGAGAGCUUCUCAAAUUGAGAGCAGUUUUUUCCCCGCCAAAUCCUUCGUGGAAGCAGUCCGAGGUACACAAGUGGUGGUAAUUUCAGUGCAGAGCGCAGUCCAAGUCGAUGACGUUCUUUUUGGCCCAGAAGAGGUAGUAGAGAACCUUUCCAAUAAUGCUGUCAUCAUUAUCAGCUCUUCUGUUCCUCCUUCUUAUAUGAAAACCCUUCCAGGUCGGCUUGGGCGCCUCAGAAGCGAUAUAAGUAUUUUGGACGCCCCUGUGUGUGAAUGGGCAACUGAUACCGCCGACGGUACUCUAAAUAUUAUGAUUUCGGGAGACGAUUCUACUAUCCGAAAAGUCAAGGCCCCACUACUAGCCAUGACCAAAGAUAUUUCCAACUUGCAACAAGUUCGAGGAGGAAUAGGUGCCGCUUCAUCUAUCAAUCUCAUCAACCAGGUUUUGGCAGGGAUCCAUAUUUCAGCUGCUGGAGAGGCUUUGAGUUUCGCGGCACGACUGGAACUUGACCCAAAUGUUGUGUUUGAUGUGUUAAUUAACACUUCAGCAUGGAGUUAUAUGCUGGAAAGCAGAGGGCCGCAAAUCCUCGAUGCGGACUGGACACCAAUCGUGCCUCUUUCCACGUUUAUGAAGGCUGUGGCUAUGUUUACUGAGGAGGCUAGGCAAUUGAAGCUCCCCUCUCUAAUAUCAUCUGCAACUGAUAUUAUAUACAAUGCUGCGGCUGCUAAUGGCUGGGAAAAUGAGGGAGACGCGGGUGUGGUUCGCUUCUGGGAGCUUCUCACCACCGUGUCUGUGGCCAAUUCGGUACAAGAGGCUGCUGAAAGUUGUAUUUCGGGGGCAGAAUCCUAG